AUGGAAAAUAAUGAUCAAAAACAAUCGAAAGUUGUCCGAUAUUCUGGUAACUUAGAAAAACAAUCAAUUCAGUUUGAUGACGAUGGUAACCCACUCUUUAUCUUCGGUGGUUUUCCAAACUUCAUAUGUGAGAACAGAAACCGUGACAUCUGUGUGGCUGACUGUGCAGCUAAAGCAGUAGUGGUCGUCAAUCAAACAGGAAAGUUCAGAUUCAGAUACAUUGGACACGCUCCUGCUCCAAAGAAUAAACUAUUCAAUCCGACAGGAAUCACAACAGACAGUCAAGGUCACAUCCUUACAGCUGAUUAUGAUAAUUAUUGUGUCCACAUUAUUGACAAGGAUGGGCAUUUCUUACGUUUCAUAAAGUUUCAACAAAAUCAACCUUAUAGAUUGUGCACAGACAGAGAUGACAAUCUUUUCGUUGCUGUCAAAGAUUUGAAAUCGUGGCCUCCAGGUACUGUGAAGCAAAUAAGAUACCUGUACCGAAGUUAA